UUCAGGAGAGAAGCAAGAAGCCUGCGCUGGGGCGUUGAGAUGUCGUCCUCCAAUCUGGUUUCCGCGAUGCACUCGGGGGAAAUUCUACGACGGUGCACGAACAAUGGAAAAAUCAAGUUUGGUCACGGCAUGUUGCUCAAAACUAACGAACCUUUAGAUAUGAAGGACGAGGACAUCGCGUUGCAUGAGUCAUUGGCGCCUCACUGCACGGUCGACGGAGCGUGCGUCUACACCCACGGAUCAACACAUGACGUGGCACGCGACAUCCUCGCAAGGAAGCACGCAGAGCACGAUGCCUUUUUCAUCUGCGACUUGCGAGACAUCGCAAAGAAGGUGCACCUGUGGAAGCAGCAGCUGCCGCGGAUCGCUCCUUUCUACGCUAUCAAGGCUUGUCGAGAUCCAGUCGUUGUUGGCCUCCUCAACCGUCUCGGAGUGAACUUUGACUGCUCUAACAAGGGUGAGAUCAGCACUGUUUUGAAGAUGGAGGCCUCUCCAGAUCGCAUCGUUUAUGCCAAUACUGUAAAGAGUAUACCGGACCUGGAGUUUGCUCGCCAGCAUGGCGUUAGACUGAUGACGUUUGAUUGUGCAGAAGAGCUUGCCAAGAUCACGGACAAAAGGGACAGGCUACUCCUUCGGAUGGAGGCUGAUGAAGAGGGUGUAGAACAUUCCUUCAACACAAAGUUCGGCUGCACCUUCAGUGAAGUCGAAACAGUCCUGCAGGAAGCCCGAAACAGAGAAUGCAAUGUGGUCGGGGUGGCCUUCCACGUAGGCUGUGCCUACAAGGAUCCUGAUAUCUUCGCUCGCACCAUCAAGAGGGUCAAAGCUGUCUUCGACAUGGCAGCGGCCAUGGGCAUUCACAUGACUGUGCUGGACAUCGGAGGCGGCUUCCCCGGUGGAUUAAGAAAUCGUGAUAAGUUCCUCAAGGUUUGCUACUCCAUUCGUCGGGCAACGGAUCUUUACUUUCCUGAAUCGAGUGGCGUGCAAAUCAUCGCUGAGCCUGGACAGUUUUUCGUGACGUCUGGCUAUUCAUUGGUUGUCCAGGUCCUCGGCAAGAGGAGCCGAAAAGUUGUAGUAGACGGAGUCGUCCAACUGCAUCAGCACGUCUUCGUAAACGAAUCCACGGACAACUGCAUAAUGCGGUAUCUAUAUGAAUUUAUGGAUGUGAAAACGUGGCCCCUUCAGGAGCCACUGGACAGACCGCAUGACGCACCGACCACUGUGUGGGGGGGCACCUGCAACGCACUGGACUGCAUCGAACCUGAGAGGCCAUUCUUCGACGUCGUCGUCGGCGAGUGGCUGCUGAUGGACAACAUCGGCGCGUACUCUCUGAGCAGAGCUUCGGGCUUCAAUGGACUUCCAUUCCCCGCAGUGCACUACAUCGUGCCGCAAGACGAUGUCACUAUCGUGCAAAACAUUCUCAACUCUUCGCCACUGCGCAGUGGCUUCAGUCAGCCGGAGGGCGUGCUCAAGAGCGCCGUCCUCGCGCAGUGGCGAGGACAACCGGCGAUCCGUAACCGACGGGUUGGGGUCAACGACCUCCGCUGCUGAACAAAUCGAGUUCCGCAUAAGCAACGGACGUGCUCGCAUAUCCUGCGGGAAGUCCCUCCUCUAACUUACUGUUACGACUGACGGAUUAUGCAUUGUGGUGUAGAGGAAUGUACCCCUGUGGCUUCUCGACAUAAUACAAGUGCGUCUGCACUACAGAUGCCAAACACUUUCUAGCAAGGUCAGUUUUCAAUCAACAAUACGUAUGACAUUGGUCAAACAGGAAACAGGAGCAGGGCAUACGACAGGGCUAGUUUGAUGUUCCAUCUUGCUACACAGCGCAAGACCAGGCAGAUGACGCAAACCAGGACAUAGACAAGCACUGACUUCUGGCUGAUUUCCAUUUUUUUAAAGAGCAACAUAUACAUAUAGGCUCUCAUAACGUACACGUAGAGCAUACAUAUAUACAGCAUGUUUCUUUUUUAUGGCGAACGCUUUUCAAGCCUACAAAAGUUACUCAAAUCAGGUUUUUACAGAAUAAUCUGCCCAUGGGGACAUCAUUUGCAAAAAAACAGCAAUCUAUUUACUGAUUAAUCUAAACACAGUAAUUAACUUCCUAGUUACCAACUUUACCGCGUAUGCUUAUAUUGGUAACUGGAAGAGAAAUAUCUUAAAGUGUGCUUCAUUCUAGCAUCAAAUUCACAUUCGUCAUUUUUAACAUCAAGCACACCCCUAACAAACACACUUCCAUUAAUCCAGGAGCUUCAAAUAAUCUGUAAAUUUUUUGUUGAGAUACAAACUUAAAAUACCAACUGCUUUACAGAAAAAUCGCAACGUUCCUUUUGAUGCGUUAAACAUACCAAAUCUAAUUCGAAUUUCCUGCUAACAAUACCUCUCUUUUGCAAUCCAUUCGUACUAAAAACUAGAUAUUCCUUAAGCUUUACAUUGUGCAAGCAUCCUCAUUUUCGACAAGUGCAAAUUUGAAGCGAUUGAGUUCUGGAACAGGAUAACACUGCGUAUUAAAGGGCCUCUCGCCAGGUCUGGCCAUUUUGAGCGGACAAGCGCACUGCAUACAAUGCGUUAUUAAUUAAGCUCUUACCUCCGCGCUCCCAGCCGGAGAGUCGACGUCUAUCGCGAAAGUGUGCUUAGGUAUGGGGCAGUACUGUGACGUCACUCAGAAUGACACGUGACUCCCAUAAUUAUUCAAGGCAGCAUCGGUUAUUUAUUUAUUCUGUUGUUUUAAUAAAAAUAAAUAAAUUUUAGAGAAAUAA